AUGCAGCCAUGGGGAAAUGGCGAGAAGGAGGAUGAGGAUGGUGUUCGUCCAUCCUUCUUGGAACGCUUCUUUGCCAAGUACGAGUUCACCUGCGAGCACAUGGUCAGCUGCUCCGAUUGCCAAGCCUGGACCACGAAGGAAGUCCUCGCGGUCGCCGACCUCGAGUGCCAACAGAUGUGGGACUCAUCUGCGCUUGGAUACACAGAGUCUCUGGGUCAUCCGACACUCUUGGAAGAAAUCAGGAAGCACUAUGCCGAUCGCUUGGGCAACCCGGCGCAGGUCCCUGUGCAGAUCACAACCUGCGUGCCCGUGGAGGGGAUCUUCGCGGCCAUGACCACACUCCUUUCAGAAGGCGAUCGGAUCGUGGCAAUGAUGCCUGCAUACCAGGCGCUGUAUGAGAUUGCCCGCAGCAAGCGCUGCCACAUCCUGCCAUGGGUGCCCCACUUCGACCAGAAAGGCUUCUGGGAGUUUAAGCUGAGCGACCUGCAAUCUAUUCUGGACCAGAACAUCACAGCCCAAGCGCCGCUGAAGAUGCUGAUGAUCAACUCGCCCCACAACCCCACGGGAGCUGCGUUCGACCAAAGCCAGUUGGACGUAGUCACCGAGCUGCUAUCAAAGCUGCCGCAAGCCGAGCCACCAGUGCUUUUCUCCGAUGAGAUGUAUGGUGAAAUGAUUGGCUCGCCGGCCCCGAGCAUGGUGGGCAAACGGAAUGCCGUUGUGCUGUCUGGCUUGUCCAAGCCAUGGGGCAUGCCAGGAUUGCGUAUGGGCUGGCUGCUGUGCUCCAACAAGGAGCACUUUGACAGCAUCACCUCAAUGCGGGACUACACCACGCUCUGCUUGCCCCCGCACAGUGAGAUCCUGUCCAUCAUAACACUACGAAGCCCGGAGACCUUCUUGUCACGUAACCGGGGCAUCGCCGAGAAGAAUUACCAGUUGCUGCAGACAGUUUUGGAGAGCUUGCCUCAGUGGUUCCACCCGCUGAACCAACAUCAGCACAAUGAGCGCCUGACGAAGUGGCGGGCCGCCGUGGUCUUUGCACGGCUGCGGCUGCCACUAGGCGGACUCACCGGAAGCGCCCUACCUCAGCUGGAAUCUGCCUCAGCCCUUGCUGAGUUUCUCGCGAAGGAGCACAGCGUUUGCAUGGUCGUCAGCGACUUCUUUGAGUUUGACAGCUUCCCCUGCGUGCGCUUCGGUCUGGGCCGAGAAGGCUUCCCAGCGGCGCUGCGGCAGCUGCAGCGGGCACUUGAGAUGAUCGCAGCCUGA